CGGCGGUUCGCGGCACUGGGAACUUUGGUCCCCAGCGCGGAUGAUCCUGGGAAAUGUCUGUCGGCCCUGGGCGGCGCUCUGGGUCCAUCCCGCGGUAGCCUCGGUCCUGGUGGCGACUUCCUGGCUCAGGAACGAUUCUGAGCAGUGUUGUUCCCGGAGGUCUGCAGCCGUUGCCCGCUCACCAGCGACGCUGCGAUUCAGGUCCGCAGAGGUGCGGGUUCGGGGCGCCUGCGGGGACGGUGAGGCCCCGCUGAGGACUCCGGACACUGCCCAUCUCUAAGAGCCUGGAAAGGGGACUCUGUUGGCUAUCGGAACUUGCAGAGUAAUGUCUCAGAGUUUUGCUCUAUUACCCAGGCUGGAGUGCAGUGGAGUGAUCUUGGCUCAUCACAACCUUCGCCUCCCGGGUUCAAGCCAUUCUGCCUCAGCCUACCAGGUGACAUUUAGUGAUGUGGCUAUAGACUUCUCUCAUGAAGAGUGGGAAUGGCUAGAUUCUGCUCAGAGGGACUUAUACAAGGAUGUGAUGGUCCAGAAUUAUGAGAACCUGGCCUCUCUAGGUCUUUCCAUAACUAAGCCACAUGUGAUCACGCUAUUGGAGGAUGGAAAAGAGCCCUGGAUGGUGGAGGAAAAAAUGUCCAAAGGUGUGACUCCAGAUUGGGAAUCAAGAUGGGAAAACAAGGAAUUAUCAACAAAGAAGGAUAUUUAUGAUGAAGAUUCACCCCAAACAGUAAUAAUAGAAAAAGUUAUAAAACAAAGUUAUGAAUUUUCAAAUUCUAAGAAGAAUUUGGAAUACAUAGAGAAGUUGGAAGGGAAGCAUGGAAGUCAGGUGGAACAUUUCAGACCAGCAACUCUCAUCUCUAGGGAAAGCCCUAAUGGGGACAGUGUUUACAAAUACAAUAUUUUUAGAAGCACCUUUCAUUCAAAAUCUGCUUUUUCUGAACCACAAAAAAUUUCUGCUGAAGGAAAUCCACACAAAUAUGAUAUAUUAAAGAAGAACUUAUCAAAAAAGUCAGUUAUAAAAAAUGAGAAAAUCAGUGGUGGAAAGAAACUUUUGAAUUCUAAUGAAAGUGGGGCAGCCUUCAACAAGAGCAAAUCUGUUACCCUUCACCAGACUUGUAAGAGAGAGAAAAUCUAUACAUGCAGUGAAUGUGGGAAAGCCUUCGGCAAACAGUCAAUCCUUAAUCGCCACUGGAGAAUUCAUACAGGAGAGAAGCCCUAUGAAUGUCGUGAAUGUGGGAAGACUUUUAGCCAUGGCUCAUCCCUUACACGACAUCAGAUAAGCCAUAGUGGAGAGAAACCUUACAAAUGUACUGAAUGUGGGAAGGCCUUUAGCCAUGUCUCAUCACUUACGAACCAUCAGAGCACUCACACUGGAGAGAAACCAUAUGAAUGUAUGAACUGUGGAAAGUCUUUUAGUCGUGUAUCCCAUCUCAUUGAACAUCUAAGAAUUCAUACUCAAGAAAAACUUUAUGAGUGUCGUAUAUGUGGAAAGGCUUUCAUUCAUAGGUCAUCUCUCAUUCACCAUCAGAAAAUCCAUACUGGAGAGAAGCCUUAUGAAUGUAGUGAAUGUGGGAAAGCUUUCUGCUGUAGCUCACACCUUACUCGACAUCAAAGAAUUCACACUAUGGAGAAACAAUACGAAUGUAACAAAUGUCUGAAAGUCUUUAGUAGCCUCUCAUUUCUUGUUCAGCAUCAGAGUAUUCAUACUGAGGAAAAACCCUUUGAAUGUCAGAAAUGCAGGAAAUCCUUUAACCAGCUUGAAUCACUGAAUAUGCAUUUGAGAAAUCACAUUAGAUUGAAACCUUAUGAAUGCAGUAUAUGUGGGAAAGCCUUCAGUCACAGGUCAUCCCUGCUUCAACAUCACAGAAUUCAUACUGGAGAGAAACCUUACGAAUGUAUUAAGUGUGGGAAAACCUUCAGCUGUAGUUCAAACCUUACUGUCCAUCAGAGAAUUCAUACUGGAGAAAAGCCAUAUAAAUGUAGUGAGUGUGGGAAAGCUUUUAGCAAAGGCUCAAAUCUUACUGCCCAUCAAAGAAUACAUAAUGGAGAGAAACCCAGUAGUGUGGUAAGUGUGGAAAAGCCUCUAGGCCACAUGAAUCACUAUACGUGUUAGAAAUCUUACAGAAGAGAAAAUACAUGAAGUAGUAUUUAUCAGUAAAUUUCAUUCAUAGAGUCUCCCUUAUUUAACAUUAGAAAAAUUUAUCCUGGGGAAAGACUUAUGAAUGUAGUGAAUAUUGGAAGACUUUUAGCAAAGAUGUAGACCAUUUUGUUUAUCAACGUUUACACUGUAGGGAAAUCAUGAAGACCAUAAAUGUGGGAAAGCAUUUGUCAGUAUUAAUCCCUUAAUUGACGUAAGUAUACUCACACUAGGAAAAAACCAUGUACAUUUAUCAAAUACAGGAAAGACUAUAGGCAAUAGAAUCUCCUACAAACACCUACAGGAGAGAAGCUGUAUGGAUGUAGAAAAUUUGGAAAUUGAGAGAACUCUUUAGUUCCAAGUACACCCCUUAUUCUAGAGCAGAGAACUGAAACUGGAGAGAAAUCUCAUUUAAGAGACACGGCAAAGUCUUCACUGAGAGUGUUGGUCUUGCUAGACAUCAGAAGAUUAAUGGUAGAACAACCUGACGGGUUUAGGAAUUAUGUGUAAAUCUUUGCAGUGAUGCUAUUUGUAAACUGGUUUCUACAGGACAGCAAAUAAACAUAUAAUUAAAUAUGCAUUUCUUAGAGCAGUAGCUUGAAGUUUCCCUUGAGUUCUACUUAGAAAUUCUUUUUAGCUAGUGAGCAUGUGAAGUUAUUUAGUCACCCAGAGGAGCUAGUAAGUGUUAUAAUGUUGAAAAUUAAAGCUGCAAAAGAAAUAAAAUGAUGUUAAUAAAAGUUUUGUAUCUAAUAAAAUCAUUUUGUAUAUUGCAAA